AUAACCAAUGUAUAUCUUCUUCUUUUUUAUCAGUGUAUAUCAUUCACGUGAUUAGCAGCAACAAAGUGUGUGUAUAUAUAUAUUGUACACUGCGUUUACGAGCUACGACCCAAAAAAAAAACACCCAAUCGCAAGCCGAGAAAUGACGUCAUCAUCACCGCCUCCAAGAGACUCAAUGCUUUUGUACUGGCAGGAGAACCAGUACGACGACCGGAACGUCCAGAUUCACGGCCGGACAGUCUUCUCCGUCAUGGCUCUAUUCUCCGUUGUCCUCUUCAUCGCCGUGCUCACUCUCUACAUCCACAGGAGCUGCCUCGUUCGCGAUCCCACCAACCUCAACCCCCUGUCUCCUCCGUUCACGUCGUACGUUGGUGGAGGUCUUGACCCGGCGGAGAUUCGAAGUUUGCCGGUGGUGCUAUGCCGGAGAGAAUCUGCGGAUGAGGAGAUGGAGGAGUGUUGCAUAUGCCUCGGUGGUCUCGAAGAAGGAGAGAAGAUGAAGGUGCUUCCUCUCUGUCGCCACUGUUACCACUGCGAAUGCGUGGAUCGGUGGCUUAUGACCGAGUCGAGUUGUCCCCUCUGCCGAGUCUCGAUACGAGUCGACUCGUUGGCGUCGUUGUAGAGACAGUGAGACCGAAAGUGAUGGUGAGUAAAGAUAUUUGUUAUACAGACAGGAAUGGGUGGGAAUUAAAUGGUUACAGAUUAUUUGAAAAAAAAAAAAAUUAUGUGAAUGUCUUAGUCAAUGAUUAUGAUGUUUUUUUCACUUCCCUCUGCAGAUAUUUAUUAUUUUUAUAACAAAAAAUAAGAUAUUUAUUAUUUUAUAGUGAAGAUCUUGCUGUACUUUUAUGACAAUAGUACAGUGUAGAUAUUCUUAAACUGAAUGAUGCAGUUGACAAAAUAAAAGUCACUUUUGUUGAUAGAAUAGUAAUAACUAAUAACUAAUAACCAAGAGGCUUGGGAAACUUGGGCCUUUAAAAUAUGGGAUUUAAUGGGCCUUACGUUGGCAUCGAUUGGGCCCAAUAAACAAAAUAGAAAACGAGUCUACUCUGUAGGGUUUUGCUGUCGUAUAAAGAAGCAAUAAGAGCGAAAUGAACAAAAUCUUUUCGACUUCUCGGCCGCAUCUUUGCUGAGAGCUGCAUAUAGCAGGAGAAGUGAAGGGUUUGUCUUCUGUGGAUUCAGCAUGAGGGCUAAGUGGAAGAAGAAGCGUAUGAGGAGAUUAAAGAGGAAGAGACGAAAGAUGAGACAGCGAUCUAAGUAGUGUUUUCGAACAAACCAUCUUCUGUGUUUCUUCGUUUUAACUUUAACCAAACUCUGUUUUGAGUUUCGGUUUGAAUGUUUCGUUUGGACCAAAUUAAUAGAACGUUAUGUUUUUCUAGUAACAGUUAUGUUUUUCUAAUAACAGUUAUGUUUAUUCACAUGUUUUUCUGAUUAUAGUAUGGUGACGUUAAACUA